UUUAUUUUAGUCAAGGUUUAAGGUUGAAGGUUGAAUUUUUUCAUAAUAAUGAUAUAACAACAACUAAACCCACAGAGUAAGCUUCUUUCUCUUUGGAGCUUGAGGAGGAGGGAGGGGUUCCUCAGCUGACUUCUCUAUUUUUUUCCCUCUUCCUCUUAUAGUCAAGGCACUUGGCCAUAUCCGCCCUACUUUAACAAGGAACUACGUUUUCUGCCUCGAUGUGUUAUGAAAGUCUUUUAUUAACGAAUCUUAGAGAUUCUUGGCAGGAGGCAGUGUUUUUCUUCAUUCUAUUUUCUGUGAUUUGGGGUCCUUCACAUGGUGCUGGGGCAGUUACUCAUUCGCUGCAGUACUUCUACACGGCAACAUCCGGAAUCUCAACGUUUCCAGAGUUUGUUACUGUGGGUGUUGUGGAUGGACAGCAUUUCUGUUAUUAUGACAGCAACAUUAAGAAAAUGAUCCCAAAGCUGGACUGGAUACAUGAGAAUGAAGUCUCUGAGUACUGGAAGAGCCAAACUCAGAUCUCCAUUGGGAUCAUGCACAUCUACAAAAUUGGCAUCAAUAUUAUAAAAGAACGUUUCAACCAGACUGACGGUGUUCACAUUAUUCAGAGGAUGUACGGCUGUACGUGGGAUGAGGAGACUGGAGAGGUCAAAGGUUAUGAUCAAUAUAGUUAUGAUGGAGAAGACUUCAUUGCUUUUGACCCAAAGACAGAAUCAUGGGUUGCUGCAAAACAACAGGCUGUUAUUACCAAACAGAGUUGGGAAAAUGACAAAAUCUUGACAGCCUCAAAGAAGAACUACCUCAGUCAUCAGUGUUCUGGGUGGUUGAAGAAGUACGUAAACUACGGAAGAAACUCUCUGAUGAGAACAGUGUCUCCAUCAGUGUCUCUCCUCCAGAAGUCCUCCUCCUCUCCAAUCAGCUGUCAUGCUACAGGUUUCUAUCCUAAUAGAGCUGAACUGCUGUGGAAGAAAGAUGGAGAGGAGAUCCAUGAAGGAGUGGAGAAAGGACAGAUCCUCCCCAACAAUGAUGGAACUUUCCAGAUGAGCGUUGAUCUCCAACUUCCAUCAGGAGAAGAAAUGCAGAGAUAUGAAUGUGUGUUUCAGCUCUCUGGAGUCAAAGACCAAAUCACUAAACUGGAGAAAACAAAGAUCAGGACCAAUAAAGAGUCCUUGAUGAUGGUCAUUGUUGGUGUCGUCGUCACUGCUGUUAUCCUUGUUGUUCUCGCUGUGUCUGCAUUCAUUCUUUACAAGAAGAAGAACGCCAAGCGUCCACCAUCCCCUGUGGAGAACAAAGAGGUCCAGCAGCAGAUGCUUCCAGAACAAAAGGCCUAAGAAAUGAAAUCUCCUCUGAACGGUUUUGGAAUCAAAUCUGCAACAAAUUAAGUAGCAAAAAAACUGGCCUUUGAUCCUCUUCUUAUGACAAUUUACAAAAAAAUAAUGUUCUUUAUUCAAAUUAAUAAGAGUUAACACAUCUAAAAGAACGAGUUUUACUUUAUUUAAAAUACUUAUAAAAAAUUGUCAGCAUGCAGACAGACACAUUUUGUCCUUAAAAGCCUAAAUAUACAAAAAAAAACAACAGACAUAUUUGAGUUUGGUUCAUUAAAAUGCUUUUUUUGUAAAGUAUAAAACGGUUUAAAUGUACCAAUAGUUUCACAUCUGAAGUAAAUUUGAGUUGUUUGUUCUUUAAUUAUCAUUUAUCUCUGCACAUUUAAAACUUUUAUUUCAGUUAUAAAUAAUUUUGUCAUUUUUCAUCAUCCGGUUGUAUAUUUUGAAGUUUACAGAUAGAGGUAACACUGUGUGAUUUACAUUACUCCUGAGUUAUUAAAGAAAAUCUCUUGAAUUAAAGUUUAGCUCAAUUGGUUUUGGUCUUUGUCUUGUGUUUUGUUUUUCUUCUUUUAUUGACUUUUGUGUUUUUGAUCAAUUUUAAACACUUUUUUUGUAGACAUUACGAAUAUAAAAGCUGGGGUUAAAUCACUUUGUGUGGGGAAACACAUUUUCAGGUGAAUUUCUGUUUUAUGCUUUUCUUUGUAAAUUUUUCCUCUAAAUAAAACCUGUUAUAAAUCCACA